AUGGCCUACCCCAUGCAGCGCAGCGGUGGCGUGCGUGGCAUUGCCGAGGGAGACGUGCGUGGCGGCGCCGCCGACGCGUUCGGCUGGCGCGGCCUCGCUGACGUCAUCGCCGACUGCUGCGCCGCCCACCCGCUGCUGCGCGUCCGCCUGGACGGUGUCUGGAUCGACCCCUCUUGCGCCUUCGCCACCGCCGAGUGGCGCGCCACCGCCGCGCACCUGCUCCCCGGCCGCCGCGGCGGGCCGCCGCCCUCCGGCCUCGUGUCUGAGGUUGUUGGCCUAGAUCAGAUCACGUUCGGCCCCGACGGACUCAUCACAUCCAUCGUCAGCCUCAGGGACCGCUUCGCCGAGGAAGGGGCGGCGGCGCGGGCGGGCCGCUCGGACGGUUGA